UACUACUCGAACCCUAUUUUCCGAAUUGUGACUAAUCAAACCCCUAUUUUGUUAGUUAAAAAUAAAAAUUCGUCGGGAAAAAAAACAAUGUUCAAAUAAAGUACGUUUUUUGUGCAAAUUUUUGUAGCAUAAAAUAUCAUCGGCAUUAGUUAAUUAGGCUAUUUAAGGUUAGGUUCCAAAUAAAGAUUCAAUCCUACUGAGUGAAAAGCAACUCAUCCACAUAAAAGUUAUUAAGAAAUAGUACCUUUUUUUAACACUCUAAUUACUUUUUUCUAUAAGGAUUCUAAAAAAAUAAAUGACAGGCAGACUUCAAGGAACUCACUGUACACAAAAGCUGCAUACUUAACUUAAUUUAUCUUAUUUUUAAAACUUAAUUCGCAGGUUAAAGGAAUAAAACACUUUUUACUUAAAGCUUACGAAUAAACUUAAGUGUAAAAACCUUUACUCAUUAGUAAGUUCUAAGGACUAAUAUUUUAAUGCAGUUAUAGGUAAAGACGGCAGCUAUGCUGUUCUUCGAGGGUCGACCUUCAGGAUGACCUGCACACCAAAAGACGAGUCCAGAAUGGAGGGAUCAGUUGUAUGGACAGACGAGGAAGGCAGGGAAAUCAUCAAUGCCAGAUUCACCAAGUUGGACAAUGACGAUUUGGAAGUGACCAACGCCUAUGUCGGAGACAGUGGCACCUACAAAUGCAAAUACCGUUCUCUUGCAACACCAGAAGGUUUGAACAAAGUUUACGAACGCAAACUACUCGUAUAUGAAUUGGCUGGUCAUAAGUUCAUAUCCAGUGCCGUUUUUGAUGUGUCCAAACAAGAUGAGAAAGCUGUGAUCGACAUGUUGAAAGAUUUGCUCACCUAUAAAGUGUGUACCCGAGAUUUAUGUGCGCCUGGUGUGGUCAGAACAACAAAAUGUGAAGACAAAUCUUGUGAAUUCUUCAUCUCUUACGAAGCACUGAAUCAAGUAGCAGACGAUCAAUGUGACGAAGAAUGCAUUCGAACAAAGAUGCUAAAUGGCCUCAAACAAUUCCUUGUAUGCCUGGCUACUACAGUGAGCCCAACACAGUGGAGUGCAGCAUGUGCGAUGUCGGCUACUACCAAGAGAGUUAUGGAAAGAAGGAUUGUGAUAAGUGUGAUGAAGGCAAAACCACAGACUCAAAAGGUUCGAAGUCAAGAGAUGACUGCAUUGGUGCCGAAGACAAGAAAGGAAUCUUGGGAGGUAUUAGAGAUGGAAUAUUGUCAAUUUUUUCUGGAAGAUGAUCAUCAACAGCAUUGGAAAAUGAAAUUAAAUAUCCAUAAUUUUAUAUACAUAGAUUUUAAAAGAUUAACAGUUUGAUCCAUUCAACGAUUUGUUUUCACGAGACGAGACGAGACAAAAACUAAGCUUUUAUGCAAUAAAUGAAUAUUUUCUCAACUAUAUUUUUAUUUUCUAACAUAAGACAUCAUUUACUCCAAAAACUCACGUUUUUUUUUUUUU